AUGUUAGAGCCGCCCCAGAUACACAGGAAGCUUUCAUCAUCUUCCACUGCCUCGUCCAACCCGUCACAAUAUUCCAGUGCAUCGGUCUUGAUAAGUCCAGGUGAAGGAAUGUCAUCAACAGUGCUUCAGUCGAUAAAAAAUAGCGAGGCCAAUAAAGACUUCGAUCCCAAUGCGUUAUUCGUUGAGACUCACAGGAAGCGUAAAAAGCAGAAAGAACCGCUUCUUCCCGGGACAUUUUUAAACUCUGCAUUUGCUUCAGAAUCGAGUUUCGCCUCAGACACCAGCUUCGAGGACGUUUUGACAUCGGAGGACGAUACCACCUUUUACGAUCAGUAUGACGAUAUGAAUAACGAUGAAGAGCCAGAGGACGAUGACACCGAGACAGAAGAUAUAGAAGAUGAAGAUUCUCCGUCUUCAACAUUCAACACGGAGUAUUAUGGUUAUGGCGAUGACUCAGAUCUUCUUCCUCCAUCUCCCCCUCGUUCUCCCCCACAAGACAUUGACCCCGAAAAGUUGUAUGGACUAUAUGAUUUCUCCGGUCCGGAUCCACUGCAUUGCACAUUGAUGCGCGACGAGCCGGUGAACUUGCUAAAUGACCUGGAUGACUACUGGUGGUUGAUACGGAAACUAACGAAACAAGAAAGAGUUAUACUUCGAAAUAAGAGAAACAGGGUCCUAGAUCCCGAUUGUCCCAGCGAGACCGAAUCAAUGUUGUCUGACCACGAAGAUGAAGGAAAAGUUGGAUUUGUUCCGGCUGAGUGUCUUGAGACUUAUGGCGAGCGUUUGGCGAGACUUAAUUGUUUCAAGAACGAAGAAUUAGAGAAGUUCGCCGACCCAUUGACCGAGGAAGACUUGGCUAUAAGCAGCGAAAUACGACGUCAUUUGGAAGACAGUGAUACAAGAAUUGGCUCGGCGCCUCCUGAUGGGGAUAUAACAAAUCCCAUUUCGAUCAAUAGUCAGGAUCUGUUCGACUCUUCCAUGGCUAAUGGAAGCAUGUCUAGUAUUGGUCGUGCCAGCAGUCUUCGACUGGGAAAUAGCAGACGCAGAAACAAAUCUGUGACUUUUCAGUCUCUGGAUUUGCUCAAUCUUGACGAAGAUGAAGCAGAAACAGAUCAUGAGUUUGCUGAGCCAUAUGUUACCACAAUAACCAAGGACGAAUUGUACGAAUAUCAACCUCCACAAGAGGACGAAAAGCGAUCUGAGGUUCUUAGUGACAUUGCCGAUGGGCCGUUGGUUGUAUCUAAGAGCCGCAAGGAUAAGGGUAGCAGCUCCAACGGCAAUCAGAAUCUCGUCUCGGAGAAUGAAGUGUAUCCUGAACCACAAUCCGAAUUCACGAAAGAGAAUAUUGAUCAUCGAUCAGUUGAUCAAAAUGUACUUUACGAGCCGCCUGUUAGUCUCUUCAAGCCGCAGGCCACAGUGGAUCAAACUUCAAUUGGCUCGUAUUCACCAGACACUCCUCGAGCAGAUCACGGAAGAUUUGAGGACGAUAACUUGGCUACCCUUAGUCGUUCGGUUAUAAUAGAUCGAUUGAACCAAGUCACCACCGAUAUUGAAUGUCUCAACUUUGACGACUAUGGCUAUUAUGAUAAACUCGAUGACGAUGAGGACGAUAUGGCCCAGCAUGGGUCAAUGGACUCGGUUGGACGCCGAGAUAAUGAUGAAAACGUGUCUACUACACCACUCACCAGUGUCAAUUCCUUCAACAAUAGCAAUAUAACCACUACAGAUCUGGCUGAAAAACGAAAAUCGAGAGCUGUGCAUGAAAUGUUCGUACCAAUACUUGGAAGAUUUGACGAGUUGGCAGAAAGAUUGGCCGAACUCGAAAGUAUGUUUUGA